AUGGCUACCUUACUCCGACGGCCAGGCAAUCUCGCUCGUUACUCGAGGAAAGCCGCGGAAUCUACCGGUCGUACGGGACUGGCUUCCGUACUUCUGCGACCAUCAAGACUCUCAUCUCUGGUUUUAUCAAGCCGCGCUAGAGCCUACUCCACGCAAGGUCCGACACCCCCCAACAACAACGGCCAGAACAACACAUCAGAUGGCCGCAAUAAUGAUCAAAUAAAGAAGCCGAAGUGUGUUCUCACUGAAGCUGAGUUGAAAAUUGUGGAUGAAUGGCUGGUGGAUAUGGACGUGGAGCGACGUACCAAUGUCCGAAACUACCUCAUGAGCAAUGGACUUCCACCGGAAGUCAGGGCGCACAUCGAUCCUAAUCAAGAACCGUCAUUAAUGGAUCGCGUUAAGAUGACGCGAUUCCUGUGGCAAGUCUCGGCUUACCAUGCUGAUGAGCGUCUAGCUAGACAGGAAGAAAUCGCAAAGCGCGGUAUCGCAGACUUGCGCACCCCCUUUGAAAAACGCAGUGAUGCGUCCAAAAGCAACGAAGAAUCUAGCCUCCGCUUCAAUAAGGACUCGGAGCAACAACCACAAGGACAGCAAUCUGCAAAGGAGGGCGGACAGCAACCCAACGCACAACCACCAAAGGAUCCCAAGCAAGACAAGGAUCCUAAGGACGAAAAGGAUACCAAGGAAAAGCAAGGUGCUAAGAAUGACCAGCAACAGCAGAAGAAGCAACAGGGUGACAAGAAGGGCAAGGUGCCCCCGAACAUGGGCAAGGUCCUCGAGUUCCGCUUCGAUCCCGUUUCAUUCUUCGUUACCGCUCUCGUUACAUACUACGCCUACCGCAGCUUUUUCCCUGGUGAAGGUGGGGGCAGGGAAAUCACUUGGCAAGAAUUCCGGGCGAACUACCUUGAGAAGGGCCUCGUGGAGAAAUUGACCGUCUUGAACCACACCAAGGUUCGGGUUGAUCUCAACCGCGAAGCUGCAACUCAAGCCGAUUCAAAUGGCCAGCCUGCCUCCUAUGUCUUCUUCAGUAUUGGUUCUGUCGACAGCUUCGAAAUGAAGAUCGAGGCAGCUCAGUAUGAACUCGGUAUUCCCUCGCAUGAACGUAUUCCUGUCGCCUAUCACGAUGAAACCCCUUGGGGCGGUGUCUUGAUGUCAUUGGCUCCUACUCUUCUCUUCCUUGGUGGUGUCUUCUGGAUGUCCCGGCGUGCCGGUGGCGGUGCCGGUGGCCAGAGUGGAAUCUUUGGCAUCGGAAAGAGCCGUGCCAAGCGCUUCAACCACGAGACCGAUAUCAAGAUUAAGUUCUCCGACGUUGCGGGCAUGGACGAAGCCAAGGUUGAGAUCAUGGAAUUUGUUAGUUUCCUCCAGCAACCCGAGCGGUUCGAGAAGCUGGGUGCAAAGAUUCCCCGUGGUGCCAUCCUUUCAGGUCCCCCCGGUACUGGUAAGACAUUGCUUGCUAAGGCCACUGCUGGUGAAUCUGGUGUGCCUUUCUACAGUGUCAGUGGUUCCGAAUUCGUCGAAAUGUUUGUCGGUGUUGGCCCCUCUCGUGUCCGUGAUCUCUUCGCCAAUGCCCGGAAGAACACCCCUUGCAUCAUCUUCAUUGAUGAAAUCGAUGCUAUUGGAAAGUCUCGAGCAAAGUCGAACGUUGGUGGUGGAAACGAUGAGCGUGAAAGCACUCUCAACCAGAUUCUCACCGAGAUGGAUGGUUUCAAUACCUCUGAGCAAGUGGUUGUCCUGGCCGGUACCAACCGACCGGAUGUUCUCGACAAGGCCCUGAUGCGUCCCGGACGAUUCGACCGACACAUCUCCAUUGACCGACCUACCAUGGACGGUCGUAAGCAAAUCUUCCGUGUUUACCUGAAGAAGAUUGUCACCGACGAGAACCUGGAGUACUUGGAGGGCAGACUCGCCGCUCUGACUCCCGGUUUCGCUGGUGCUGAUAUUGCCAACUGUGUGAACGAGGCAGCUCUUGUUGCUGCCCGUGAAAACGCAGACAAGGUCGUCAUGAGACACUUCGAGCAAGCCAUUGAACGAGUCAUUGGUGGAUUGGAGAAGAAGUCCCUUGUCCUGUCUCCCGAGGAGAAGCGAACCGUCGCCUACCACGAGGCUGGCCACGCUAUCUGCGGUUGGUACUUCAAGUGGGCGGACCCACUGCUGAAGGUUUCGAUCAUUCCUCGCGGACAAGGUGCACUGGGUUAUGCCCAAUACCUCCCGGCUGGCGGUGACACAUAUCUGAUGAACGUCAACCAGAUGAUGGACCGCAUGGCCAUGACUCUAGGUGGUCGUGUCAGCGAAGAGCUGCACUUUGAAACCGUGACUAGCGGUGCUAGUGAUGACUUCAACAAGGUCACUCGCAUGGCUACUGCCAUGGUGACUAAGUUCGGCAUGUCGUCCAAGCUUGGUUACAUCUACUACGAGGAUGACGCACAGCAACAACUCCACAAGCCCUUCUCCGAGGAUACUGCCCGCUCUAUUGAUUUGGAGGUGCGCCGUAUCAUUGAUGAGGCCCACAAGCAGUGCCGCGACCUCCUGACCGAGAAGCGGAAGGAGCUUGGUAUUGUUGCCGAGGAACUUCUGUCUAAGGAGGUUCUUGGACGUGACGACCUCAUCCGUCUCCUUGGCCCGCGCCCCUACCCCGAGUCUGGCGAAUUCGCCAAGUACUUUGAUGGCAAGGGCGGCCAGACCAUUGCCCCACCGGACCACCAGAACCCCGAACAAACCUCUGGCAAGGAUGGCCGGGACGAGACGCCUAUUCCUCCUUUAUAG